AUGGGGUCGGCUUCUGCCCACUACAAUGAGAUAAGGAGCCAACUUCCAUGUCAAUGUGGAAAACCAAAUGAUGUUGCCAUUGGAGCUCUAGGUGGUCAGAAACCUGAUUUCAUCAUGACAUGCACCAAUGCUGGUUUUGCCUCUUCUUCUUCGUCGUUAUCCUCUUCGGGUUCGAGCUAUGAAGUGUUCUUGAGCUUUCAUGGAAAAGACACUCGUACUAGCUUUACCGAUCUCCUCUACAUCGCCUUGGUUAAUGCUGGGAUUCAUACUUUUAGGGACAACGAUGAACUCACAAUGGGGAAGAAGAUUGAGUCGGAGUUAAUGGCUGCGAUCGAGCAGUCGAGAAUCUCUAUCAUCAUCUUCUCAGAGAAUUACGACUCGAGCAAAUGGUGUCUCAAAGAGCUCACUAAGAUCUUUGAGUGCAAAAACACAAAAGGUCAGUUGGUUCUUCCCAUUUUCUACAAUAUCGAACCCACGGCGGUGCGGAACCAGAUCGGGAGCUAUGCAGAGGCCUUCAAGAGACACCAGACAUGUUUCGAUGAAACGACCGUGCAGAAAUGGAAAGAGGCUCUGAGAGAGGUUGGAUCAUUGAAGGGAUGGGAUUCUACGAACACUGUUGACGGAUACGAAGGAAAGUUAAUAAUAUUAGUUGUUGCAACAGUUUGGAGUACAUUGAACGACAAGACAUCCUCAAUUUUUUCUGAGAACCUAGUCGGAAUCGAAUCUCAUAUGGAAAAUAUGUUGAGUCUAUUAAACAUUGAAUCUGACGGUAGAAAAAUUGUGGGGAUCAAUGGCCUUGGAGGCAUUGGCAAGACAACAAUUGCCAAAGCCUUGUAUGAUAGAAUAUUUCUUCACUUUCAAGGAUGGAGCUUUAUUAAAAAUGUCCGAGAAACUGCUCAACGUCAUAAUGGACUUACCAGUCUACAAAAUCAGCUUUGUUGUGAUAUCCUAAAAUGGAAAAGACAAAACAAUGAGGAGGUUGAUCAUCAACAACUUGAUUGGAUGAAAAAAAAGAUUCAAAAUAAUAAGGUUCUUAUUGUUCUCGAUGAUGUGGAUCAAAACAUUCAAGUAGAUACAUUACUUGGGGACCGUAGGUGGUUGGGUAGUGGAAGUAGGAUCAUUAUCACAACCAGAGAUAAGGCUAUCUUAAUUACUCAAGAAGUAGAUGGGAUUUAUGAGCCUAAAGAAAUGGACUCAUAUCAAUCUCUUAAACUUUUUAGCCUUCAUGCUUUUAGAAAGGUCCAACCUCCGAAAGAAUAUCUAGAACUCUCAAAAGCUAUGGUGGAAAUUGUUGGAGGACUACCCUUGGCUCUCCAAGUUGUAGGUUCAUCUUUAUUUUGUUUGGGAAAAUCAGUAUGGGAAGGCACAUUGGAGAAGUUGCAAGAUAUUCCUAAUAAAGAGGUCUCUGAUAAUAAUUAG